CAGUUGUUUUCACUAAUUUAUUUUUUCGAAAGUUCUGUGUGUUUAAAUUCAAAGUGAAGUUUCUUUCUGGUGACACGUCAAGACCCCGCGUUAACAAUGUUUAGCACAAAUGCACAGAAUUGGUUUGGCAUGGGUCAGACAACAGCAUCAUCAUCCAAUGCCUCAGCCGGUGGAGUGGCCCAAUUGAUCAAUAACAAUUCACAGGCCACACAGUCGACUCAAUAUCAGGCCACACAGCAUCCAUUUAUGCGUCAACGUUCGUUGACCAGCUCCAAUCCAGCCAUGGAACGUACUGCCCUCGCUCUUCGACCACAAUCGCCGCCGAAUGUCCAAGUGGAAUAUGAAGUGGCCGUUCCCUUUGUAUCCACCUACAGACAUACACCAUAUCAUUCAUUAUGGGAUCUCCAUCAGUGUUCAUCAACCCCUCCAGCUAGCUUGUCACAUAUGGCUCGGAUGAUGGAUUCCUUGAUAUUAGACUCGCUUUCACCAUUUGCCUUUACCAAAAUCACCGCCACCAGCAGACCGUCGCGAAAUGCCAAUUCAGUGAAAAAGACCAGUGCCCAGGAUAAUGGACAUCCUGUUGCCACUUCUGGUGGCGAACGUCAUCGGCCGCUCAACAAUUUGGGCGCCAAUGCACCAAAUGGUCUGGGAAUAGGUGGACCAGGGCCAGGACCGGUGCGCAACAACAAGCAACAGCGUCUGCCAACUCAAGUUUCCACUGCAGAAGUUGCCCCCCAGCCACGAUCUAGUCAAGCCAUGCCGUUUCCUUCACAGCAACAGGACAAUCGAUGGGUAUCCUCGCUUAGACGUCGUGAUCCCGAGCUACAACCCACACUACCCUCCAUUAACAGCAAUACGAACAGCAAUACUCUUACUCAGAGUCAACAUGGAAGUUCUGGUAAUGUAGGCGUGGCAAGCGGCUUGGGCGGAGUCACUGCCACGUCAAGUGUGGGAGGCGGCCUGCGUUUGGGCCGGCCAGGACGAGCUUCAGCUCUAACAGCAGCAGUCCGUAAGAGUCGCUCGGUGGAACGUAUGCGAGCCCGUAAACUCAGCACUAACACCCAGUUGACGCUGAAGCAUAAACCAAUUAAGAAGAAUUCCCUGGAUGAGAACUCAAACUCGGAUGAUCAGGAUGCCACCACAUCAUUGGAGGAUAACUCCCACACACAAUCGAUCUCAACCACUCACAAUACUCCAAGGUGCUCGCCAAGGACAAAGGCCAAACAUUUCUCUCCUCUGGGCUAUGAGAGGCAUUUGGUUGAUACUUUGGAAAAGGAUAUUCUGCAGCGUCAUCCUUGCAUUAAGUGGACAGACGUGGCUGGCCUUAAUGAAGCAAAGAAUAUACUGCAGGAAGCGGUUGUUCUUCCCAUUAUCAUGCCCGAGUUCUUCAAAGGCAUACGAAGACCAUGGCGGGGCGUUCUAAUGGUUGGUCCUCCGGGAACUGGCAAAACUAUGCUGGCCAAAGCAGUGGCCACCGAAUGUGGUACGACCUUUUUUAAUGUAUCCUCCUCCACUCUGACGUCAAAAUAUCGUGGCGAAAGUGAAAAACUGGUGCGCCUGCUCUUCGAAAUGGCUCGCUUCUAUGCACCUAGCACAAUUUUCAUCGAUGAAAUCGAUGCACUGUGUGCGUCCAGAGGCAGCGACUCGGAGCACGAGGCCAGCAGGCGCUUUAAGGCAGAGCUGCUGAUUCAAAUGGAUGGACUGAAUGCAAUCACUCAGGAAGAGAAAGUCAUAAUGGUCUUGGCAGCCACAAAUCACCCUUGGGAUAUCGACGAGGCAUUCCGAAGGCGAUUCGAAAAAAGAAUCUAUAUACCACUUCCAAAUGAGGACACUCGUUCUGGACUGCUCAAACUUUGCUUGAAGGAUGUUUGCUUGUCGCCCAAUCUAAAUACCAGCAUGAUUGGUGAAGAACUGAAGGGUUAUUCCGGUUCGGAUAUAAGCAAUGUAUGCCGUGAUGCCUCAAUGAUGGGCAUGCGUCGCCUUAUCCUUGGACGCACCCCAGAUGAGAUUAAGCAAAUACGUCGUGAAGAUGUCGAUCUGCCCAUCACACUGCAGGAUUUUCAAGAUGCACGUAAACGCACCAAGAAAUCCGUAUCAGCCGACGAUGUGACACGAUUCGAAAAGUGGAUGGAAGAGUAUGGCUCAUGCUAGUUGUAUGGGUUGUGUGCUGGAACUGCGGCACUCGAUCAUCAGAUUUAAGUCGAAUUGUAUCCCCCUCCCAUACGUACUUCCAAUAUUCUUUUAAUUUAUGUACAAACAAUACACGUUAGCUAUCUA